CCAAGCUUGACUCUCUACCAUCAUUGCACAUCCCACCGGCGUCUGUAUUUUAAUUUUCGCGCAACAGUUUAUUUUCAAGCAUCCUAAUCAUUUGGAUAUUACGGCACCCUAUACAUUGGAACAAUACUUCUUGUUUAAUCGUCUCCCUCAAGAACACUUGCCGGCGGUGGGAUGUGCUCUCCGUCGCGCACAUAGGGAGAGGAGAGCCAUGGAUAGCAGUUGAAGACGCAAGAUAAGAAGGAGAAAAGGUCUUUUUAUUGUAUUAUAGUGUAGGGCGUCCUGGUAGUCAGUCGACCGAUGCUUAAAGAUGGAAGAUGUGCGCCCGACAGCAAAAUGGGGUUAUCGAAUGCUGCGCCCUUUGAAGUCUAUAUAUCAUCGAUUGGAGAAAUAUCGGCUCGACCAAGCGCCCGUUGAUGUGCCGCAGAAACAGAACGAACCGCUCGAGAUUAGCUACACGCAAGUGACGGCUCUAAGCAAGAAACCGGACCAAGAUGAUGGAUCUUCUGCUGCCGGAAGCGACAGGGAAGAUCCUUCAUGGAUACCUGGAAAGACUGAUAAGCGGCGGAUUAGGCAUAAAUACUCAGCGCGGAGCGAAGGAAGUGGCAGGCGUCGGCUGAGAUCAGUGCUGCGAAGCCCUGAGGUUCAGAGAAAAUUACCUGGCGCGAUCGAGAUUGGGACGCCGCUCAUUACGGGGCGCCUAUCGGACCGGUACUCGAACGAUGCUGUAGCCUCUCAGGAAUCCGAUAACCAGUCUUCUGCACAGACCGAGUCAACGGGCAGGGGGAAGAGAUUGAAAUCACGGGAAUUACACUACCCGGCGCAGAACUCUGUGUGGCACGACGCUCUGGAUCGGUCUGGAGAUCAAAAUCUGAAGCAGAUACUUCAGUCGCUUAGUCGCGUCUUUUUUACAUUUCUGGCGGGAACCCGUGUCCACAACUCCCAGAAGCGACCAGCUCAAGGCUCGCGUUCGCUGCUAUCGAUGGCAGCGCGUCAACUACCCGAAUUUAUCUUUCAGGAACAGAAAAAUCAGGAUGAAUUAGACAAAGAUGAAGAUGUCGAUAUGGAGGACGCAUAUUUUACUGAAUUAGAGGCACUGUACGCACCCAACGGUACCGGAUGGCAACCCUUGCGGGAAGCCGUCCGCGCUCAGGGCAUUCAUCUGGUGUCGGACAUGAUACGGAAUAACUGGCUCACUGACUCGGUGACACACCAGCUCUUGCGAGAAUGUAUCGAGUUGAAAGAAUUCGAUGCCUUCGAGACAUUGUUUUCAAACAGAUUAACAUAUCUGGCUGAACAUGGGAACUCUGAGACAUCUGUGAACCUUGUCAGAUGCCACACUUCACUGAAGCUAUUGCAGCGGUACUACGACACCAGUCAUAGUCCGUAUGUCUUUGACGAGCUAGCAAAGGCGCUGGCGUGGGGUGUCGUUCCUCCGCACGGUCUCAUCGGAAUGAAUUGGGAUCAGGCCAUGCACGAUGCGAUUGGAUCACUUUCGAAAAUGGACUCUAGUUUCGCUGCUGCUACACGUCUAAUAGAAGCGGUCAUACUCUGGGCCAGCGGUAUUGUGGGCGUCCAGGAUACCUCAAGGGACUCGACCGGUUCUACCCUCUCGAUAAUCGCUUCGAAGGAGACGCGCACGUCUGCACUCCACACGGGGAAAUCGGUUCAACACUCUUCCGCUCAAGACACGAUAAGCAAUAUGAUUUUAAGCCUUGUCACCGCCCUUUGCAGUAUGCACAUUGUCCGUUCUUAUGACUCAGCUGUUGGUAGUACCACUAGAAGCAUUAUGCGGGAUAUCCUUUCAAGUCUCGCACUGACAGUGCAACGUGAAGUCGAGCUCCGACCACUGCUGGACAAGGAUACAGUCCCAACUUGGCAACUACUCCGGCGUGGCAGUGUUCUCGUUGGAAAUUAUCUAAUACAAUGCAGCCAUUGCGAAUUUCCAGAACCAAUAGCGGAAACGGAAACCGCCAUGACGAGCCGGUUCGACUCUUUCUUUGGAUGUCUGGCUGAGCAGCGAGAAGUUGUGAAAGAGAUGUCCUUUCUCACGCAGCAAGUGAUCCACUGCUGCGAGCGAGCCAUCAUCGAUCACGGAUGCCACACGAAAUAUGUUGAUAAUAUGUUCUCCUCAUUCGCACCGACGAGCUCCCAGAAAGGUCUAUCUUCGUUCCUCGGAAAAAUCGCCGUCGAAGUAGCCAUGGACCUUGCAGAAAGGAGUCAGGAUCCUGAGGACCAUGCACGGGCUGCAGAACUCCAGGAAAAGCUAGCCUGCUGCCAUGCAGACACGCAACUCGGUUCGCAGAGACUGUCAGGUGAGCUGCAUACGAGGAUACCAUAUAGAUGGGAGGAAAGCAUUGGCGAAUGGGUGGCAAGUACCCCCUUCCCUAAGGCUAGGAAUUCCCAAACUAUAGCAGCCUCGAAACCACUUGUUGUCGUCCCCAGUCGAGAUCAGUCACCUUCACCGCUCCCAAGUUAUGUUGAGUCGUCCUCAAAUUCGGAAGAUGAUAUAACCAGUGUUACUUCUUCUCCACCGUCGUCACUAAAGAGGACCCUAGAGGAAGACAUCCCAGAAAGGGAAGGGAAGCGGCUUCGGACAAUCCCGUUUAGGUCUCGUGAAAGCUCUAUAGAAUCACGAGAGAACAGCCCAGACGACUUCGUACCCGAUACUGAAGACGAAGAGGAUCCUAUCAGUUUUUGGGAACCGUCGAAAUCUGGUAACUAUCAGCAGAUGGAAUCUCCGUCCAUUUCACGAGAGAUCGAGCAAAGGAGGCCACGACAUUAUCCAGACACAGGUAAGCAAGAAGAUGGCGGCAAGAGCCCAAAAGUCGAAGUUGUCAUCGUGCACAAAAAGGCGGAUGAGUACAACGUUAGACCAGUUCGAGUCGCGCGUGGCUGCCUCCGUCGUUCAACGGGCAGUUACCUGCCCAGACCAUCUGACAACAGAAAGACUCGACGACGGUCAUCUUUCGUUCGACGCACGAGUCUGGUCAUUCCAUGCUCACAAGACGACAGCAGCGAGGAUGAACUCAGCUUCUUGUGAGCAGUAUCAUAAUGGCCUAUCUCUUUUGGCUGCCGGUAUUUUGGACUAGUCGUUGUUAGUGUUCUUGGAGUACCAUCUCCUUUGGGAACAAUAUGCAUUUUUCGGUGUUUUUGGUUGGAAGCUGUUGGAUUUAGCCCAGUGCAUCAGGUUGGUUCCUUAUCUGGUACUGCUUAUUUUAGGUAUUCUUCCUCCUAUGGGAACUGGAUCAUUUCCUAUUCUUAUUUGGGCUCCCGCGCAUUGGGAUACGAGACACCGACAAUUCAGGACCAUCCUUGGAUAUUCGUCUCUAUCAGACAUUAUGUGUCAAAAUGGCUUGUUAUUAUUAUUUCUGUUGUAUUAAUGUUUGAUACCCCUAACCUUACAUAGAUCAAAGGUUUUGAUUUUACUAUAUAACAUUGGAUUUACACUCUUUAUUGCAAUUAUUGUCAUAACGAAUGCAUGGGAUACCUUAAACACGGUUCUACGUUUUACUUUGGUUUUC